AUGUCAACAAGCAUGCGUAUGAUUAGUAAAGACGAAGAAGUAGAUGCAGAAGUAACCUGGGAAGACCAGCAACAAAUAAAUUCUUUCAGUAAAUUAAAUGCAAAACAUUCUGACCUGGAGGAAAUUUAUAAUGCAAAGAAGAUAGAAAAGGAAUCAUUAGAAGACUUAUCAUCAGAAUUGGAACUCGCCGAUGAACAAGUAAAGUAUAAAAUAGGAGAGGCGUUCAUCACGUUACCGCUAGAGGAGGCACAAGAACGGAUUGAGCGUGAAUCGGAGCUUCUUACGCAGGAACUCGAAAAGUUGAAACAUGAUAUGGACGGUUUAGUCGAGAAAAUGGAUCAGUUGAAGGUUUUGUUGUAUGGAAAGUUCGGGAAAGCUAUUAAUCUGGAAAGGGAUUGA